AUGUCCGAGCUGCCUCCUGUAAUCCAGCAUGAACCUCCUCCCCAUCCAGAGCAAGACAAUGUUCGUCAAUCCAGGAGGUCACAACAUGACGAGGACGACGAAGAAGAAGAAGAAGUCACCGGCCUGAAGACGGAUAUGAUCCUUCCACAUCCGCAUCGGCAAAGCAAACUCUCCCAGCACUCCUUUCAACCUCGCAGGAACUCGCAGGUCUCCAAGCUCGUGGCCUCACAACAGGUCCGGUUCAUGAUCAUGCGUGCGCACCAGACGCCCCAAUUCGUGGUGAAAAAGCGGUGGUUCGUCAUCAACCCAGACACGAACCGGUUUUCCACGGCGUGGCAGGUCAUUACCAACCUAGCCCUCGCCUUCGUGGCAUUGAUCACCCCACUUCAGGUUGGUUUGCUCGAGAUCGAGUUGGACGCGCUCUUCGUACUGACCAUGCUGGUAGACUUUGUCUUCGUGGUCGACAUGGUCCUGCAGUUUGUCACCAUGUAUCCUCGCACUACGGCCCGGGGAUUGGAAUGGGAGCUCAGGCCCCAGAAGAUUGCCAAGAAUUAUCUCAGGACGUGGUUCUUCCUGGACUUUGUGACUUUGAUCCCCUUCGACAUGAUUGGCCUGACUUCCGGCACCGAUAGUCUCAAGGACCUCCGGAGUAUCAAAGUCAUCCGCGUUUUGCGGCUAUUGAAGCUCAUGCGGCUGCUGAGAAGCUCCCGGCUGACACAUCGCUUGGAGAUACCUUUGUCCAUCCCGUACCAGCAGGUGGCCCUAUUCCGCUUUCUCCUCAUCUUGGUUUUGGCCUGCCACUGGCUUGCUUGUGUAUGGGCGAUGACUCUCAAGAUCGUGGAGGACACCUUCCCCCAGUGGAUCAACGACAUUGAGGCUGCAGACCUACCAUACGGGAUCCGCACCCGAGAUUCGCCUCUGCGCAUCUACAUCGCCGCGUACUAUUUCUGCUGCUACACCAUGACAUCUGUCGGCUAUGGAGACAAUGGACCAAAGAAUGUGCUGGAGCGU